GUCUCAUUUGAUGCAGCUGUCGUCCUGUCCCCCACUAACUUUGAGCCCUUUGACCAAAUUCAGCCAAAUUUAAUAGAAGAACAGAGCGCUCAGAAAUUCCUGUAGGUUUCAGGAGGAGAGGAGAGAGGUCCCACUGGCGUCCCUACCAAGAGAAAGGCUGCAGCAUGACAUCUGCCCAAAUUGGACACCACCUGGGAGGGAGAAAUUAUAAAUGCCUCUCUCCCCAGGAAAAGCUCACAUCCCAUUUAGAUACCAGAGAAUCCAACCCUGAGGAAACAAGGCCUCAUUAGUGUCAUUGCCCGAGGAACUACUUAAUUAAAGGACAACAGAGUUGAGAGCAUUGUUAUGUAGGCCUUUGUUCCUUACACCUGGUCAUUUCCAUUGAUGUAAAAUGUCAUCUUUCUGAUCUGGUAGCACUUUGCACCCACUUUAGACAAGUAUUCCUGACCAGCCGAGGAGGUGCAGAGCCGGGAAGAAUCAGACCUUUAUUACUGAGGUAAUUAUAGCCUCACCUAACCAUCAGGCGGAGGGUGUACACCUCUAUUAGCCAGUGCUCCCACAAAGAGAACAAAGGCUGGCUGGAAAGUGGGAGCCACCCAGGGAGCAUCCCUGUGUCCAGCUACACCACUCUCGGGCGGCAGACAUGCUGGGGAGGUCAUGACCACAAGCUCCCGCAUCGCCCGUCUCCUGCUUGUUUUCCUGGUUUUUAAUCCAACUUGACUUAGCGAUGCUAGUGAAGGCCAUGAGAUGGGGAGACUAAAACGAGGAACGGUACCAUAACCGAGGAAAUCAGCUCUCAGUUAAAAUGCUAAAGGAGGUAGGGGGUAGCUUUCAAAGCUUGUCUCAGGAACUAGCCUAAUUCUGUUUUCAAAAGCCACUGUUGAGUGCUUUUGAAAAUUUUAUCCUAGAUGCUUGGCUCAAAGACCUUAACCAAAGAUAUUUUUUUUUCUCUAUCCGCUAUACGAAAGCUAAAUAUAAACCGACGUUAUUGAACAAAACCCUAACAAAACCCCUGUUGCAGGUCUAGAAAAAUCUUUACUCAGGAAAUCGAGUUAUUGGAGACCAGCAUCUAAAGUGUCCUUCAGUUUUGGAUGCCUCUUGUUUUGCGUACACGAUGUGGCGUAGAAAAAAAACGUUAUUUCUGACAGCAAAUAUUCGCUUGCCGUUCUUUUUAUCUCCUCCUAUUUGCCUUUUGUUCUCCUGCCCUCAGAAAAUCAGGACCUGAGUGUCUCCGAAUGGGUAGCUAAAGUUGCUUUUGAAAACGUGGAUUAGUCUAUUUUCUCCAUACAAGUAUGUGCGUAUGUGUGUCUGCUGUUUGUCAGAAGAGCGCCUUAAUGACUUUUCCGCUGAUUGACUGUGGGACCACAGGCAGGUCAUAAAGCUAGCCUGUGCCUCAGUUUACCCACUGCGACUUCAUUAAUGCUAACCUACCUCACGAGGUGUUGUAAUGUUUAAUAUAUUAUGUGCUCUGUAAUCCUUGGAUUAAAUGUAUUAUGUAAGUGAAAAGCACCCAUUUGAUGUGUAUGUAAAUGCUGCAGUAUAAUAGGUAGGAGGGUCAUUUGGGUGUAAGUGUAAUACAAGCGCUGGCAAAAGGCAAAAGGGAUUCCAUUGUAUUGACUUAUUUUUAAAGAGCUUUUUAUUUACUGAAAUGCUCUGGACACCCAGAAGGAGAGACAUUCCUCACUAAGCAUCUCUGCUGUUUCAUCUGUCUUGAAGUGCUUUGAUAAAUGGAUUGAAACUUGUCAGCUUUUCCUGUAGUUUCUGAGGCUCCCUCUGGAAACUCUGUUGAAAUGUUAUUAUUGCAACUUCUUAGAGCGCUACUUAAUGAAUCGUAACAGAUAUCCCUGCGAGUCCCGCAGACGCUGUGAGGACCGUGCUUCCUCUCCUUCCCGCUGCAGAAGCAAACACACGGCAGCAGAGCUCAUGUCCUCCUCCACCAUGAGCAGCCGGUCUCUUGCCAGGGAAACACUUCUCACCUUCAUGGGCUUCAACCCUAGCCUUGUGUCCUGGCUGUGUGAGGCUUCAGGGACGAUGAACAUAGCCAGAUGUCCCUUGGGUUAGAGAUUAAUUUUAUCUUUUAAGAAGAGACCUUAAGAAGGACAAUAAAUUAGGUUUAAGUCUGUGAUAGUUGAUGUCCUCUGUCUCUAGGAUGAGAUAUUUUGGCUUGCUUGCAGUGCCUGAGCUAUCCUGAAGCUCAGACUGCUGACUUGGGUGCCCACGGACAGUCUGAACUCACACUGCACACAGGUCCCACCUCCCCUCGGAACAGCCUUUUCUCAGGCAACAGGUACGUGAUGUUACCACAUGGGCAGUUGAGACGGAUGGAGGGGUAAGAGUAGCACCUCUCCUGAAGCACAGGAAUGACCCAGCAGGGCCAUUACAUCUGCCUGAGGAAAUCUGCUGAGAGGGUGGUCAGAGGUGCCUGACAGGAACACGUUAGUGUGGAGCUGCAGUGGAGGGGGAGGGUGGAAAGAAGUCAACCAUCUUGGACUCCGGCAAUGUCCUACCCUGUUGCAUCCCAGAGUGGAGCAGUGGGAUGCCCUGGUGACUUAUUUCCUGCCUCCAGCUAUUCAAAGGACUCUGGCUCCUCUGCUCUCUCUGAAGCAGGGCGUUUGCGACCAGUGAGGUGCUUGGUUCGGUUGCUUGGUUGUGCUGGGUAGGCUCAAAGAUCCUUGUCCUGAUGCAACGGUCACUUGAGAGUUUAAAAGUUUUUUGGUGGGUUGUUUGGUGUGUGUUGUUUUUUUAAUCUUCUCACUGGGUUUCAGUCGUCCUUGUUUUUGUAAGGAUAUGAAACUGGGCUGUUGCUGCUCGGGUUGGCAUGAAGUGUGAAAUGGCUCGACGCACAUUGCCGGCAGCAUUAAUAGCUGUGCCCCUCGCCCUGCCUGGGACGGCUGACGGCUGGCCAUCUCCAGCUUGAAGAGUAAGAGCGUGCCUUCCACUUGCCUCCAAAUAUGAACUUGGCCAUCCUGAGUGAGGUAGGCAGGAGGAUGGCGGGGGGGGGGGGGGGGCGGAUUUUGGAGGAGCUCCUGGUCAGUGUGGUGUUGGAGCAGAACUACGCAGUGGCUGGGUAUGGGUCACCUCGGGGGUGGCUCCGUUACCCUCAGCACGCUGAGGCCAUGUUUGAUAUCCGCAGCCUUUUAUUUCACUUUUUUAUUAACAUUUUGCAUAUUAAAAUUUGUGUAGGCAGCCAGAAGAGAGCAGCAUCUACACAAUACUCAGCACAAUGGAGAGGAUUAGGAAUCAGUGGCUCGGUUCUUUGGGACCUGGACUCGGGGGGUGGGGGUGGCAAAGUGUCCUUUCUUUACACUUUGUUUUAAAAGUACUUCUAAUUUCUUUCUGUGUAUCCUCACUGCAACACCAUCUAUGCCCAGUACUGGUUUGUGGUCUCAGCUGCUAGUUUCAAAAAAUCAAAUCAAACCAGGGUUACCUUGGUCUUUUUGCUGAGCUGUUCACAUUUGCUUUUAAAGUUUCUUCUCUCUUCUCAACCAGCCCAAACGUAUUAGUGUGCAUACCUAGGUACAGGGAUGCCAACAUAGGAAAUUAUUUUCAAAAUAACGACUAGUGGUUUGGGAUUUUUCUGGCAUUUCAGCUGCCCUCGCAUGAAAUUCCUCCAAUAUUUUCAUUCACAGUAGGAACGCUCUGGAAAUCAAACCCCCUAAAAGUUGCCUCUGUUUUAUUCCUCCCAAAGUGAAAUUGUCCACUUGUCCCUCGUGAGAUCCUGGAGGAAACUGUCUGCGCACACACUUUGACACAUCUUUGGUGCAUUCCACACGAGCCGGUGAAAUUACACCAGAAAUAUGAAUUUAGCCCACACAGGGUGUGCGCGCUGCGCUGUCUGCACAGGGCACGCACACACACACGCACACACACACACGUGCCCCAGCGAACGCUCCCAUUUCAAUUUCAGAAUAAGCCAUUCAGGACAUUGCUGUGUGAUUCACUUCAUGACUGUGCGCUGUAUGCAUUCCUCGAAAACGAAUGGCUAUUCUGUGAAUGUUGCCGCUUUGCAAAAAUAUUUGACGUGGGUUCAGUUGGUUUUAAUAUUGGGGUUUUUGAAAUCUCCGUAAUUGUCAUGAUUACCGUGUGUAAUAGAAAUUAGAAAGAAGCCUGGGUUUUGGCUUUGAAGCUACCUACUUCUAAGAGUCCAUUUUUUUUAAGUUUUCUUUUUAAGGUGCUUCUUCGUGCCCCGGCUAAACUUUCCCCAGAUUACGUGUUAGCUAUGAUAGCUGUUCUAUAGUUAGAUUUUAAUCAGCCUCAGUACACAGUAAUGUUAAACACUGAAAGAGCUACUAAUUAAUCGCCUUUCUGUAUGUAACAGAGAGAUAAAUAUCCAUCCCGGAGGAAUUGUAAUUUCAUGGUUUCUAAUGAUGGUUAGAUUACAUUAUCUGGAUCACUUAGGCUGUGGGUGUCAUAAAAAAUGCUCAAAGUCAUUUAUAUUCAGUUUAAUUUUUUUUUUUAACUUUGUAAGCCUGAGAAAAUAAUGCGGUGUUAGCAAGUCUGUUUCAUAUUUUAGUUAAAUAUACCUUUGUUGCACUGACUGAAUGGAUUGAGAUGACAGUGACAAACUCAGUUCUUUUCUAUUUAACGUGCACCCUCUGCAAUCAAAUUAACAAUGUACAAAUCUUCCUCGGGCUUCUGCAGAAGAGUCUGUUGAGUUCCUCGCUGUGGUUGUGCUUUGGGGAAAGGUUUCCUUUUUGGAUGUCCUUUUGCACUGGGUGUUUUCUGCUGAUUCUUGUAUGUUCUGUGAAGUCUCAGUCGCCUGUCUUGAACCAAGAAUUAACUGGACUUUUGGGUUGCAUCAGG